AUGGCACGUCGCGACGAAAAGAAGCGACGAAAGCGAGACGAUUCAGACAGCGAGGAUUCAGAUGAGCGCAGGAGACGGAGCAGGAAGAGCCGGAAAUCCCGUAAAGACAGUGACGAUGACGAUUCUAACGAGGAUCCCUCCGCGUCAGACUCUGACGGUGAUCGCGGCCGCAAUCGCAAACGCCGAAGCCGCGGUAGCCGGAAAAAGAAGCAGCGGGGAGGUGUCUCUAGCGAGAGUGACGAUAGCAGUCGGAGCCGAAGCCGCAGCAGGAGCAGAAGCAGGGGACGGAGCAAAAAGGGCAAAAAGGACAAAAAAGAACGGAGAGAGAAGAGCAAGCGGGAUUCGCGCCGGCGACGCCGGGAACGCUCGGACUCAGAGGGAUCGGAGAGUUCUGGUGGUAGUAUCGGGAGUGAUAGUAGCGAGGGGAGUCCGUCGCGUGGCGGGAGGGGCGGGAAGAAGGUGUCGGAAGAGGAGCUGAGGGAGUUUUUGGCGAAGCGCGCGCAGAAGAAGGCGCAGAAGCUGGCGAAGAAGCUCAAGCCGAACGCGGUGUCGGGUUACACGAACGACAGUAACCCGUUCGGCGACACGAACCUCACUGAAACGUUCGUGUGGCGCAAGAAGAUCGAGAAGGACGUGCUGCGAGGCACGCUGGACCCGCGGGAGAUCACUCUGCAGAACGAGAGGAAGCGACUGGAGGCCCGCAUGGAGGAGAUUGAGAAGGUGAAGAAGCGGCGUGAGGAGAGGAUGCUGGAGAAGGCACAGCACGACGAGGAGAUGGCCAUGCUGGCACGUGAGAGGGCUCGAGCUGAGUUCCAAGACUGGGAAGAGAAGGAAGAUGAGUUCCACUUUGAGCAAAGCCGAGUGCGCUCGGAGAUCCGCCUGAGGGAGGGUCGAGCAAAGCCCAUAGAUGUGCUGGCGAGGAACCUCACGCUGUCUGGGGAGUUUGACAUCGAGGUCAACGAGCCGUACAAGAUCUUCAAGGGCCUGACGGUGAAGGAGAUGGAGGAGUUAAAGGAGGAUAUCAAGAUGCACCUCGAGUUCGACCGCAACAACCCCAUGCACCAGGAGUUCUGGAAGGCAAUGAUGGUGGUGUGCAAUCACGAGAUAGCAGAAACCACCAGAAGGGACAUCAUCGACCGGGCAAGGGUGAGAGGAGAGGAGCCACCAGAGGACGUCUUAGAAGAAGAGAGGGGCAUGCACUCAGCAGUAGGGGCAGACGUGGCCGAAACUCUCGCUGUGGCGGGCAGCGAGGAACUUUCGCGCAUGGAGGAGCGGAUCGCCGGGCAGAUGGAAUCGGGCAGCGCAAAAGUUGUGGAGUACUGGGAGGCUGUGCUGAAAAAGCUGAAGGUUUUCAAGGCGAAGGCGAGACUGAGGGAGAUUCAUGCGGAUUUGCUGCGGCAGCACUUGGCUCUGCUGGAAACGGGAGGGGUGGCGAGAGGGGAGGGAGGGGGAGAUGAGGGAGAGGGAGGGGAGGGGACAGGGCGAGGGAGAGGAGGGGAGGGGCGGGGAUGGGAGGAGGAAGAGGAGGAGGUGGGUGCUGGUGGUGGUGGUGGAGGAGGGGGAGGAGGAGAGGAGGGAGAGCCUGGGUCGUUUUCGCCUGAGUUGCUGACAAUGGAAGAAGCAGCAAAGGAGGGGUAUAAGGAGGGGGGAGAGGGAGCAGCGGGAGGAGGAGGAGAAGGGGGCGCGGAGGGAGGGUUUUCACCAGAGCUGAUUCACACGUAUGAGGUGGAUGGGACGGACGUUGUUGACCCUGAGGCGGAUAAGAUUGAACUGGAGCGCAAGAGGGCUCAAAUUCAGGCAGACCGGCAGCGCAGCGUCUUGGAAGCUUCCGGUGCUGGUGGUGGUGACAUCAGCGCAGCAGAGAGGGCUCUGGUGGUGAGGGCGCCUGCUGACGUGGCAGCAGCAGGAGAACGCCAGCUCAGCGCUGCGGAGAAGGCUGCAGCCAAUAAGAUGAUGGGGCAGGAUCCUGGUGACGUGGCGUUUGGUGCAGGGGCAGAGGUGCCUCUUGAAACUCAGGUGUACUGGUGGCAUGACAAGUACCGGCCGCGCAAGCCCAAGUAUUUUAACCGAGUGCACACAGGGUACGAGUGGAACAAGUACAACCAGACCCACUACGACCACGACAACCCGCCGCCCAAGAUCGUGCAGGGAUACAAGUUCAAUAUCUUCUAUCCAGAUUUGAUUGACCGCUCCAAGCCGCCCAGCUAUCAUAUUGACAAGGACGGCAGCGAAGACGGCGAGACUUGUCUCAUUCGCUUCCAUGCUGGACCACCCUAUGAAGACAUUGCGUUCCGCAUAGUGAACAAGGAGUGGGAGUACUCGCACAAGAAGGGCUUUAAGUGCACGUUCGAGCGCGGCAUUCUGCACGUCUACAUCAACUUCAAGCGCCAUCGCUACCGCCGAUAG